UCAUCUUGGCCACCUCCACUUUAGUCUUUCCCUUCACUGGUUUGCCAUUCACUCCUGUGAUUUCAUCGCCUGCUGCCAGUGUCCCAUCCAGAGCUGCUGGGGUGUUAUCAAAGACCUGUGAGACAACAGACACCUCAUUGCAAAGGACAGAAGACUCUUCCUGAGUCCAAGACCAUCUUCUUAUAUCUUCCAGUAGCGCCAGGACUGUUUCCCAACACCAGCACGCAAAAUGAGCAUGCUGCUUGAAUUGAAGAAUGUGGAUCUGAGAGCUGGAGAUAAGCUGAAAAUAAAGGGGCUAAUUCUGCAUGAUGCUGAGCGAUUCCAGAUCGACCUCGGCUGUGAUGCAGACGACCUGGCUCUGCACUUUAACCCUCGUUUCCACGAUGACACUGACGGAGCUGUUCUCGUUUGCAACUCAAGGACUGCUGGUUGUUGGGGCGAUGAGAAACGGGAAAUACACAACCCUCUACAUAGGGGCACAGAUGUCAAGAUUGUGUUGAAGCUGGCAGGAGACAUGUUUGAAGUGGAGCUUCCUGAUGGACAGGAAGUCCAGUUUCCCAACCGUGAUGGCAUGGACGUUAUCAACUACAUCAAAAUCGCAGGAGACUUCAAACUGACUUCCUUCAAGAUCUGCUAAAAGACAAGUACAUGCUGUGUUUAUCAGUUUGGUUUAAGACAAGACUCAUUAAGAGUCAUUAAGAGAUGUAGCUCUUCAGUACACUGGAAAUGUAGCUGUAUUUAAAUGUGUCCUGUUCUUCACAACAAAAUAAACUAUUUAAAUUCAAA